CCCACCAGAAGUCCUGGCCAAAAGAGGUGAUGUAAGAGGAGCUGAAGAGCUGGCAAAUAUGCUGUCAAGGAAUCUGUCUUGCCGGACAAACUUCACAAGAGAUUACACCAUGUAUGCCAAUUGCAGGAGCGAGCAGAUCAAAGUAUGGUCAGAAGUCGUCCUCGAAGUUGUGCUGCAAGUAAGCUGCAAUGACUGGGUUGCUGUCCUACCAUGUGUGGAGGCAGCACUGAAUACUUCAACUGCCCUAAAAGAUAUAGAUGGUAAGAGCCCCUACCACAUCCAGUUUGGGAUUCAAAGUUGCAGGGAGACAAGAGACCCCCAUCAGCCAGAUGGUGUACAAGACCACAACCAACAAGAUGUUGUCAGAAGGGCAAAGAAGUACCAGAAGUGCGAGAAAUCCAUCUGCACCGUGGUAACCUUUUCCACCAAGAAGAGGAACAUCCAACAACAGCCUCCUGACCAUGACUACUCUGCCGGUGCCUCAGGGCAACAGCACACAGCACACAAUAGACAGAGGCAAGGCCCAGGCAUUCCGGGAAUCCAGAACAGGCACAACCAGUGCUAUAUCAUCAGCCUACUGCAGGCUUUGGCUGCUGUUAGAGCUGAUGUACUGUAUACAGACAUAGUGGAGCCUACACAUGACAACAAGCCAUGGAACGCCAUGCUUCGUGUGAUCAGUAAGCUUGGCAAAGUGUCCCGGGUGGCCCAGAGGUUGAACCUAAAUGUCAGCCUAGAUGCAAUAAGAAAUUCCUUGCCACCAUUCGCAAAUCACAGUCAGCAGGACGUUUUCGACUUCUUCCUGGCAGUAAUGGACUUCCAAGAUUGCCCACCAUGUCAGGGCCAGAGCUGCAUUUUUCUCAACAGGAUCUUCAGUGUCACACUGGCCACACAGUUUAGCUGUGUUUGCAGUUCAACAUGGAGAGGAGGAGUGGUAGGGCAGCAUUACCUUGACCUCUACAUGCCAGCUGAGCGCAGUGAGUCAACCACUCUGCAGGAACUACUGAGGAAACACUUCAUGCCAUCCUCGACACAAGUCACCUGCACUGCAUGUGGUGCCAACAGUGCAGACAGCACGAGCUGCAGCAUCUUGCUGGAUGCCUCAUCAUUGCUGGCACUGAGAGUGAGAAGGUGGGACCCCUUACAACAUGGCACUGCAGGGCUGAAAGACUCCCGAAUUGUCAGAUUCACAAUUGGGGAGACAGUCACUGUUGAGAAGCAACCUGGAGAACAGCUGAAAUACAAAGUAAAAGCAGCUGUGAUCCACCAUGGAGCAUCAGCACUAAGUGGCCAUUACACUGCUGUGGUGGGAGUCAACAACAGGACAUACUUAGCUGAUGAUGACUACACCAACACCAUCACACUGUCUGACGAGGAGUACUCGCAGUGUUACAUGUUUUUCUUGUCUAAAGUCUGAAAGACAUCAUUCUAUCCUGGCAAGAAAGUGUGAAGAAACUUCACAGACAAAGAAGUCUCUUUUUUUUCUUCACACAUACAAGAAAUGUGUUAGUGCCAAGGAGCAGGGGCAAUUAUAGACUAUAUUAUAGACAGGGUGACCAAAUUUUUUUUGCAAAUGUAGCUGUCCAGCUCCAUCUUCAUUUAGUAGUCUCUAUAGUUAUGACUGCAUACAAAUUGUAAAAUCUUUAUUAUCUGAGCUUAGUCAGUAUCACAUUCAUAUCAAAAUGUAAUCAUAUAUACUGCACUUUUCUCUUAUAUAUGUCAGACUAAAUCACGCAACGCCAUCAUGCAACAAGGAAUAGUCAUUACAUCCUGACAAAGCUAGCUGAUAGCUGGCGAAACGUCGAUGCUCUGUAUUUCCUUGGUUGUGUAAAAAGAACUGUUCGUAAUAAAGUACUUUACCAACCUGAUGAA